GGGUAGGAAAAAUAAGAAAAGAGAAAUAACCCUGGCACUAAGAUUCUUUGGCUCUAUGAUCGGGUUCAAUAUUGUUGGUGAUGGUGACUCAUAAAUCAUGAUGACGAUUAUGAGUAGUUGAAAUCGAAAACAGAAGAAGGUUCAAAGGAAGAAGAGGAAACACUGCGUCAGCAGCAGCAUUUUCUUUAUCAUCCCCUUAUCAACGGCGACAGAGAGAGAAAGGAUCAUCGAUCAUCAUGUCGUUCUCGUUUUUCAAGGCUUUGAGGCCUAAAACGCCGCAGGAGGUGGCCAAGUCCAUCAAGGAGAGCCUCGUGGCCCUAGAUACCAAAACCGUUAGUGAAGUUAAAGCCCUUGAAAAGGCUUUAGAGGAAGUUGAAAAGAAUUUUGCAACAAUGAGAACGAUGCUUUCUGGAGAUGGAGAGUCAGAACCAAAUUUGGAUCAGGUUUCACAGUUAGUGGAUGAAAUCUGCAAGGAGGACGUCCUUACUCUUCUAAUACACAAGCUGCCUAUACUAGGAUGGGAAGCCAGAAAGGAUUUAGUCCACUGUUGGUCAAUAUUAUUGAAACAUAAAGUUGAGUCCAAUUCUUGCUGUGUAGAAUACAUUGAACAACAUGCUGAAUUACUAGACUUUCUUGUUGUAUGCUAUGAUAACAAAGAUAUUGCCUUGAGCUGUGGCAUAAUGUUGCGGGAGUGCAUCAAAUUUCCAUCACUUGCAAGGUACAUAUUGGAAUCUGCUAGUUUUGUGUUGUUCUUUAAAUUUGUAGAGUUGCCUAACUUUGAUGUUGCAUCUGAUGCAUUUUCUACCUUUAAGGAUCUUCUCACUAAGCAUGUAAAUGUGGUCUCUGAAUUUUUGACAGCUCACUAUGAUGAGUUCUUUGAUCUAUACGAGAGACUUUUGACAUCUCCUAAUUAUGUCACGAGGAGGCAGUCUUUGAAGCUUCUUUCGGAUUUCCUUUUGGAAUCUCCUAAUUCUCAGAUAAUGAAGCGGUACAUCUUAGAAGUUCGUUACUUGAAAGUCAUGAUGACAUUAUUGAGGGAUUCAAGUAAAAACAUUCAGAUAUCAGCCUUCCACAUUUUCAAGGUUUUCGUUGCUAACCCCCAUAAGCCUCGAGAAGUAAAACUUAUUUUGGCGAAGAACCAGGAAAAACUGCUAGAAUUGCUUCAUAAUCUGUCCCCAGGAAAAGGUUCGGAAGAUGAGCAAUUUGAGGAGGAAAAAGAGUUUAUCAUCAAGGAAAUUGAAAGGCUAUCAUGCUAAGUUAUAUUUUCCUACAGCAGCUGUGUGUGAUUUUGUAACAAGUCUUUUUGUGACGUGUAUAUCCAAAGCUAAUUUGAUGUAAAGGUUUCAUGCUGCUGUUUGUAAGCAACUUAUCUGCUGAAAAGUCCGUGAGUUCUUAUGUGUAAGAGACACCAAAAACGUGUUUGUAAUACAAGCUGAAUUAAAAUUAUGGAACCUUGAUGCUGGUGAAGAUGCCAUGGGCCUUGAUUCACUCUAA